ACCUCUCCCCAUCCGAACCCCCAAUUUUUCUUGGCUAGAUUUGGCGCGAGAUGUCUUGCCUCUCUCGCCUCAACGCCUCGGCGGCGCCAUGGGAGCCGCCGGUGGCACGCGCCAUGGCCGUCGAGCAGUACUGCCCGCCGCCACAGUCCUUGCUCCCGCCGCCGCCGCUGCCGCCGGUCGCCGUUCCCACCACCUGCGGUUGCGCCGCCUGCCUCCAGGGCUGCUUCGUUCCGGUGGGGGUUCAAGCUGCCUUCCCGCACGCCGCUGCUGGGUGCGCGCCGCCGCCGCCGGUGAUGCCGGUGAUGAUAGUGUACCGCGUCGUGCAGCCUCCGCCGCCGGCAGCUCACGCCACGCGCUGCCAGAUCACGGAGAUCGAGGACGGCGGCGGCGUGGAGACCGCGAAAGCUGUGGACGGCGACGAGCCGCAGCCGUUCAUCCGCACGGUGCGCAGCACUCGUCGCAGAAAGGCGGCGGCGAUCCGCCUUCCCAAGGCUUUUCGAGCGGCGCUUUUGCCGCCACCGCCGCCGCCAUGCGCGUUGGGGUUCACAGCUACUACUACCUCCUUGAUGAUAAGGAACAUCCCCAAUAAGUUCCUGAAGGCGAGGCUGAUGGCUAUCCUGGACCAGCACUGCGCCGACGAGAACGGCAAGUGUCACCGCCGCGGCGGCGGCGGCGGCCGCAGCGUCGUGAAGUCUGAAUACGACUUCUUCUACGUACCCAUCGACUUCAAGACUGGGUUCAACAAGGGGUACGCCUUCGUCAACAUGACGACGGCGACCGCGGCGCGGCGGCUCCGCGCGUUCCUCCAGGACCACCGCUGGGACGCCGCCAUGUCCGGCAAGGUCUGCGACGUCGUGCCCGCCGCCAUCCAGGGGCUCGACGCGUUCGUGGCGCACUUCUCGGCGUCGUGCUUCCCCUGCCGCACCAAGGAGUUCCUGCCGGUGUGGUUCGAGCCGCCGCGCGACGGCGAGCAGCAGACGAAGGCGCACGUGGUCGGCCGCCUCGUCGUGCGCCCACGCUAGCUGGUCGUCGUCGUCGGCGUCGUCUCCGGCGACGGCGUGGGUUGCGCAUGGUAUCUAUCUUGCAUUCUAUCCCUACCGAUUGUCCAAAUCGAUCAAUGGAUGCAUGGAAGGAUAGAACGGGAGAUAGAUUCAUAUAGAGAGGCUGGCUUGGCUUGGUUGUUCGUAGUCUUUCCUUGUUCGUUUCUACUGUAGUAGUAGCAGAUAGAACUACUAGUUCUGCCGUUGUUGUGUUGUAAUCAUAUGUGUAGUGGCUGUUAUGUUUGAGCCGAUCGAUAAUCCUUCGUUGUUGUGUGUUGUUAACUUAACUCUACUAGUACUAAGUACCGCGUCCUCCGAUCAAUAAUCCGAGUAUUUGCUAUGGCAAUGCCCGGUUGAUGUCCUACUAACCACAACGAAAGUUGUGCUAAAUGGAAUGUGCGGCUUAAACUAUGAAGGAUUUGGUUUUAGAUAAUUUUUGGUUAUGUAUUUAUUUUAUUUUA